ACUGUGGGAGGGUGGGGGUCCGCCAGCCAACCAGAGCUUGACUUCCCCCUCCCCACCCUCAUGGGAAGAUAGACGGACACUUAGCUAAACAGAGACAGACUGGCAAUAAGCAGACGACAAACCUCAAAAGUACGAAGGUAAUGAAACUACGGUGGCAAAUUCUUUUGAAGAGAUCAUUCUCCAAUUAUCCCUCCUCUGCCAAGAGUUCCAAAACCAUGAAUUCAAAGGGAAUUAUUGCUGUAUGCCAGAUGACAGCAACAGAUAACAAGGCAAAAAAUCUAGAAAUAUGCACUGAUCUUGUAUCGUCUGCCAAAAGAAUGAACGCCCAGGUGGUUUUCCUUCCAGAAGCAUGUGAUUACAUUGCCGGAAAUAAAGUACAGUCUGUUGCAAUGGCCGAAAGUCUAGAUGGGCCACUCUUAGAACAGUACAAGAACUUAGCGAAGUCAUUUGGAGUGUGGCUUUCCCUUGGCGGAUUGCAUAUAAAGGUAGAUGACGAGACUGUUAGCAAUACUCACGUGCUAAUCAGUUCAAACGGAGAAAUUAAGUCAACCUAUUCAAAACUUCAUCUAUUUGAUGUUGAUUGCAAGGAAGUUAAUGUCUGCCUAAAAGAAUCUUCGUAUUGCAAACCUGGGGAUAAGAUUGUGCCUCCAGUGGCAACUCCUGUCGGGAAUGUUGCAUUGUCCAUCUGUUAUGAUUUGCGAUUUCCAGAGCUAAGUACUAGCCUGGCUAUGCAAAAUGCACAUAUUCUUACUUUCCCAUCAGCGUUUACAUAUGCAACAGGUAAAGCACAUUGGGAGCCUUUGCUGAGAGCAAGAGCAAUUGAAAAUCAGUGCUAUGUAGUUGCUGCAGCACAGAGUGGUAAACACAAUGAUAAGCGAACCUCUUGGGGACAUGCAAUGGUGGUUGAUCCAUGGGGUACUGUUAUCGGUGAGUGCUCUGAGGUCAACAAUAUUGCUGUGGCUGAGAUCGACCUGGAAUUCCUGCGCAGAACUAGGCUAUCAAUGCCAGUAUUUGAGCAUCGAAGAAAUGAUGUUUAUCCUGCUCUGUGGCCAAAACUUGAUUCAGAUGCUGUUGCAAACCAUCAAGAAUCAGAAACUUACAAAUUUGGUCAAGUUACGGUAAAAAGCAGUGGAGUAUUUUCCAAGACUGACCUCACUAUAGCAUUUACUAAUAAGAAGUGUGUUGUCCCAGGACAUGUACUUGUGAGUCCCAUUAGGUGUGUUCAACGAAUGUCUGAACUCACUGUAAAAGAAGUUUCAGACAUGUUUGCGCUUGUAAGCAAAGUCAUUCCAAUUGUAGAAAAAGCUUAUAACGGCACUUCAUCUACAGUUGUUGUUCAGGAUGGAAAAGAUGCUGGUCAAACCAUUCAGCACGUCCAUGUGCACAUUUUGCCUCGCCGUCCAGGGGAUUACCUCAACAAUGAUGAUAUAUACAGAGACCUUGCUAAACAUGAUAAGGCAGACUCAACUAUAGGACAGUGGCGGUCAGAGGAGGAGAUGGCACAAGAGGCAGAUUUUCUGAGGAAGUUAUUUGUAUAACAGUGCCAUAAAUAAAUUUCAUUUUAAGAUGAGAA